AUGUAUGAUCGGGCUCCCCGUUUCCUCAGAUUGACUGAAGGUGGCAGCACUCAGGGGCAUGUGGGUCCUGGAUCCUACCAGGUACCUUUCCUGAAGCAGCAGGCAAGAGGUGGCUAUGCACCGUUCCUUUCUUUGGCUGCCAGAGAGAGUACUUUUACUAUUGCUUCUAAGACUGAGAAAGCUGUUCCAGGUCCAGGACACUAUAAUGUUUCAGAAGCACAGAAGUUUUCAAGGGCACCUACAGUUUCCAGAAGUGUUGAUGUUCCUUCGAUUCCUUCUUGUGGACGAUCAUAUGGUUAUGAUAUAAAUGAGGAUGACAGUAUUAUAAAACAUAUUCCACCUGCUAGUGACAGCACACUAGGUCCAGCAUACUAUAAACCUCGAUUUGAUUUUUCAAAAGCUGCUUUGAAAUACAAGGGGAUACAUUUUGGCAAGGCUUUGGGAAGAUUGCAGUUGCCUAUGAAGUCAGGGCCUGGUCCUGGGCAGUAUGAUAUAGUCCAGAAAAAGACACCACAAUAUGAAAAUAUUAAUAUCAAGAAAGAUCAACAGCAAAAUUAUUGCUCAUCUCUUCCACGAUUUUAUGAAGUAAUAAUAUUACAGGAGGAAAAAAAGAGAUUUGUACCUAUGAAAUCAAUCACACCAGCUCCUGGCACAUAUAAUGAAUCUCGAACUGCUUUCAAAUCCUUGAAGAAAACACCAGGACUGAAAAAUACCCCAUUUGGUCAGAGUGCUGCUCGAUUUUCCCAGGAUUCCAGGACAGAGCAAAUGCCAGGUCCUGGGUUUUAUAAUAUCCUAAACAAUACUAUAGUUCACAACAUUAGCAAUACCCGCUUGAAGAAAAAAAAGAAAAGCGCAUUUGGUUCUUCUGUUCCUCGGACUCUCUUCCUGGUUCAGAAAAAAGCUUUUACUGCUCCUGGUCCUGCUGAUUAUCAGACUCUUUUUUAUUUCUUUUUUCAACAUGCUUUUUGGAAUUCACAGAUUGGUGGAGUUUCUGGUCAACCACCUAACUUGACUAACCAAUAUGCUGCUUUCUUGUCAAGAAGAGAAAAACCUACUAAACUGUCCAGUAUGGACAUUCCAGCACCUGGCAGUUACGAUGUUCAAAAAUCAUAUGAGAUGUCCCAAGUUCAACAUAAAUACAUGCCACCCCGUAGUUAUGUGGCUAAGCUGAAACAUGCCUCCUUUCUUAGUGCAGCUCCUCGGUGCAAGGAGAAAAUGACUGAUGGGCCAGGGCCUGCAGCAUACAAUCCUGUUUUAAGGAAAUCUUGCUCCAUACCCUUAUUUGUUAAGUCAUCAAAGCGUUUUAAAGAUUCCAAAGAGAUUACUCCUGGUCCAGCCACAUAUGAGGAUUGCCUCCCCAAUAACGGAAGAUCUCAUCACAUCUGUCAUUCUCAUUGGUAUUGACAGCUUCCACCA